CAGUCAGCUCGGUCAUCUGCAUGGCAAACCUCUGCAAAGAAAACGAGAGGGCCAAAGCUAUUUUCCGACUACUGUCGGCAGUCACUCCUCUGGUGUCGGUGGAGCGCGGACACAGAGACGCCGGCGGGAUGUCAUCGCGGCUCUCCUUCUCUCAGUACCGCCUAGAGGCGGAGGUGGAGCGCUGCCGCGCGGAGAGUCAGUGGGACAAAAUACCGUCUUUACUGGAGCAGCUCGCUGCCGCGCGCCUGCAUGACGACGAUGAUUACAGGACGCUGCUGCUGGCAGAAGCUCUGUUGGAGGAAUGUCUGCUGGAGAACAUGACCCUGUUGAAGAAUUCUACAUUUCUGACUGAACAAUCACAGCCCAAACUAGCCCGAGCCAAAGCUCACCUCGACUGCAUCCUUAGCAGAGGACGCCUGGAGCCACACUACCUGAAUGAAGCUCUGCUCCUGCUGGCUAAAGUGCACUAUGUUCAGGGACGCUACAGGGACGCCCAGGGCAUGUGUGCCAGAGCAGGUGUGGAUGAUUUCACCCACCACGAGAAGCCCGUCUACCAACUACGCAUGCUGGCAGAGGCCUUUGUCAUCAAAGGUUUGUCUUUGGACCAUCAGUCUAUGUCAGGUGCUUCCCGUGUUAGACUGUCCGAGAGAGAGGAAGAAUGUCUGUCCUGUUACCUCAUGGCCUGUGAUGCUGGCCUGCUGUACCUGCAAGAGCUUGACAAGACUGUUUGCACUCCAAGUUCUAAAACUGCUAAAAGCGGUUCAUCAGUCCCAAAUUUUGACUUGGACCCAGGUUUCUUCCUGCAGGCAGCUCUUCAAAGCGCAUACCUGUCGCUGCUGAGAAAAGGGAUGCACUAUUCCCUAAACCUAUACUUAAGAUUUUACCCCCGGCGCUACAACACUGAGGGAGCUUUCUGUCCACAGGACGUGGUUGAAGAGGCGGUGCUGGUGCUCCUCAUCACAGAAUCAAUGGCCAGUGGCGAGGCGGUGAUCAGCCGCACACCGGAGCAUCAGGAGGCGAGGGAGAGCAGCAUGCAGGACGCCUCCUCCGUCUAUGACCUGCUGAGCAUCGCCAUGGCCAGGAGGGGGCAGUAUGCCAUGCUGUCAGAGUGUUUGGAGCGGGCCAUGAAGUUCUCCUAUAAUGAGUUUCAUCUUUGGUACCAGCUUGGCUUGUCUUUGAUGGCAAGUGGGAAGAACGAGGGUGCAGUGUCAGUGCUUAAAGAGUGUGUAGCAAUGAAACCACAGGACCCCAUCCCACCUUUGCUUGCAGCAAAAGUGUGCAUCAACCAGCUGCACUGGCUGGAGGAUGCAGUGUCCCUCUCAGCAGGUGUGGUUGCUUUAGGAGAGGGUGCUGGAGAGUUCCUUCCUCAAGCUCAUCUGGCCAUCGGACUGUGCCGUAGUCUGCAGGCCUCUGACGCUACGCUGAAAGCCGACCGCGAUGAGUUCAACAGAAGAGCGCUGCAGUCACUACGGAAAGCACAUGCACUGGACCCUGGGGACCCUCAGAUCUCCUUCUACCUCUCUCUGCAGCUCGCUCUGGUUCGACAGGUGUCAGAAGCGAUGGAGCCAUUGCAGUCAGCUCUGAAUAUUCGUGGGGAUGAUCUGCACUCUCUACACCUGCUGACUCUACUGCUCAGUGCCCAGAAACACUGCCAACACGCCCUUGAUACGCUUAAACUCGCCAUUAACCAGCACCUGGACAACUUUAAUCUUCUCUUUACCAAAGUGAAGCUGGAGGAGGUUUUGUUCGGACCCGCUGCAGCAUUACAGACCUGUGCAGAAAUGCUGCAGCUGUGGCAGAGUCGCUAUGAUUUAACCCGCCUCAGUGAGGAGGAUGACACUAGCAGCAUACCUCCUGAUCCCGGGCCGCUGAGCAAGAAACCCAGCGGCCUCCAUCUCACGCUCCCAGACUUCCAGGAGACAGAGACCGGGUCUCAGAGCGCCCCGUCUCUAGCUGUGUCCCGUCUGGAGCAGGCCAUGUCAGAGGUGUCGGCCAUCAGCUCCGCCCACAGGCACGGCCCCGCCUACAUUUGGGCCACUCUGGAACGCAUCUGGCUGCAAGCAGGAGAGUUGUUCAUGGCUGACGGGCGGAUGAAGGAAGCUCAGUUCUGUGUGCAGGAGGCAGGAACUCUCUUCCCCGCCUCACACUCAGUGCUGCUGCUCAAGGGCCGCGUGGCCGAGCUCAGGGGCAAUGACACGGAGGCCAAGAGCCUGUAUGAUGAAGCUCUCGCCAUCAACCCCAGAGGACACCACAUACUGCUGCACCUGGGGAAGUUGUUGGUGCGCACAGGCCGCGUGGGUCUCGGGGAGAAGAUGCUAAGGGACGCGAUACAGGUGGAGAACACGGCACACGAGGCCUGGAGCGGUCUAGGGGAGGCGCUGGAGAGCAGAGGCAGCGCACAGGCUCCCGACUGCUUCCACACCGCAUUGGAGCUGGAGUCCAGCUGCCCUAUACGGCCCUUCACCAUCAUCCCACGAGAACUCUGACACAUCUCUCACACUCAUACACGUGUGUAUGAAUGACUGGAGCGAACGCUGUUCUUCAAUCACUUUAAUGACACAUACUGUAUAACAAUAACAUUGCACGUUUAGGCUUUUUACUCUAAUGAAAGGGAAUGGUCUAAAGGUGUGGUCACACUGAAAUAUAUUUUGCUGAAAUAUCAGCAAAAUUUUGGGGGCAAAAAAGGUCUGUUGUCAAUAGAGAUGUAUAAAGCAUUGAUCACCCAGAUAUCUCUUUCAAAUCAAGCAGCUUCCUGUUGUUCAGCUCUGGGAAUUCACAUGACCAACUCGAAUAUGAGCGGAAACUGGGUAGGGAACUUUUUCGGCUUGACUUGACUUGAAAUGACUGGAUUUCGCCUGCAAAAUUUCGCUAAGCAACUGUAAAUGUGAACACUCAUUAAUUCAGUAGUUAAAGGCACGUUCACAUUAGUGAAUUUUAAUGGGCAUAAAAAGUCCAUUGUGAAUUGUGUAUGAAGCACUGCUCAGCCAGGAAUUAACUUUCAAACCAAUCAGCUUUCCAUUGCUCGAUGUGGUGAAUUCACAUGAAAAACUUGAAUCUGAAGAGAAAUCUGCAUAUGGAUUGUUUUUGCCCUGACACAAAAUUCUUACAUUUCUAUUGAAAUGCCAACGAAUUUUAACUAGCAACUGUAUGUGACCUUAAACACACUGUCACUUUCAAACCAAGCAGCUUUCUGUUGGUCAACACAGCAUAUUUGCGUGAUCAAAUUGAACACAAGCAAAAUGCGCAUGGGCAACUUUUUAGUUUUUUACAUGAAACUUCCAGUCAAACGUCCAAUCGGAUUCUUAUUAUAAUGACUAGAUUUCGCAAACCCUCUUUUAGCGUAAAAAAAAGUACUGUCAGGAAUUACUGAAGAUGCACAGUGAAAAAUUAUUUUUAAAAAUGAGUGAUUUUUGCGGCUGAAGCAGAUGCCAGAUUUAUGGGAGGAGAGUAUUUAAAUGAAUCACGCAACAUGAUUUACUAAGGUUUGCGGUAGUGAAUUUACUGCUUUUAUUUGCGCCAUUUUUACCGCCCCAAAAAAGCACGUUUUAACACAUUUUGCGCUUGACAUGGCUGUGAUUGUUGCUGCCAGCAGGAGGCACCGCAGAGAACAGAGUGUGAGGUAGAAGGGAGUAUCUAUAGAUUAGCAUCGGCUCUGCUUGUUUACGAUCUUACGCUAAUUUUUCUGGUAGAUUGCGUUGGUCAUUGUGGAAAUAAGACGUUGCGUCUGUGUUCUUUAUUUAGAACAUUGUCAGUAAAUCACUUACAGAAAUUUCCGCGCCCAUUUGUGCUUUUUUUUGGGAAUUGUGCUCUCGUGCUAAUUUGCCUUGUUUAGUAAAUCUGGCCCUCAGUCUUUCGGAAGUUAACCAAAUAGCUAACAUCUUUUACAGCUCCUUUAGCGUUAUGAAAAACAUAUUAGCUCAGGGUUAUGUGUAGUGUAAAAAGUCUUUAUUAUUAUAUAAUACAAUACAAUGUACACACAGCACUAAAAUAGCGCCGCCCUUGUGACCAAAACAUAAACACAACACAGAAUGACUGAACACAACUCAUUUUCUUUCUAACUGCAAUAGUUUUUGCAGAUAUGUAACUGCAAUAGUUUUGCAGAUACAUGUUCAGAUACCGAGUCUUGUUUCUC